AUGUUUCGCUAUUUCCGCCCCAAUGUUUUGAUGCAUGCUGGCAUUUCGAACCUUUUACAGACUACGCGCGGAUUGACGAUUCCAACGUCGCGUCGCGCUCACUCGCAGCUUUUCGCGACCUCUGGCCGCCUCGAUCGUCUUACCGCUGACACUAGCAUUCUUCACAUGGCCCGAAGAAUGACAACAAUUCCCCCAAAUGAUGGUCAAAAGAAGAAGGCCGUCGGUGAACAGCUUUGUUGUCCACAAUGCGGAACCGCACUCGUUCUUGCUGAGCCGUUGGGUAGUACGGACAAGUCGACAUCAUCAAAUUAUCCGGUAGACACAUCAUCAUCCACAUCAACGUUCAGUGUUGGGUUUAAAAAGAAUGAUGUGGUCAAAUGCAUGAGCUGCAACUUGCACUUCGCACUUAAGCCUCAACCACCGGUUCAACCCAGCUCUACGUUUCGUAACGCUGCAGCGGCUGCCGCAUUAAGCUCUUUGAGCUCAUCACUGUCGCCAGGUAUACCGACUAUUAGAGGCUCUAGUAUGGGUGGGCCAACGUAUAGUGGUAACACUUCGUCGUCUAGUCGCGUCAGCCACAUGAACGCUGAUGGUGAGUUUGAGAAGCUAGCGAAUGAAGCGCAUUUUGCUGCUGCGGCGGACACUACUGUUACUAAAAAUCGCGUUUUGACGCCUCGAGAAAUCUACAAUGGGCUAAAUGAGUACGUGAUUGGUCAGGACAAGGUUAAAAAGACACUCGCUGUAGGUGUCCACAAUCACUACAAACGUCUUCAUGCUCUUGAGUUACUUCAAGCAAAAAAGGAGGCUGAGGCUUCUUGUGUCAAACAUAACGCAGGAUCUCAGCAUUCGCGAGCAUCGACUAUUGGUCGGCGGUUUUUGCUGGAGGAAAUUUACUCGGGAUCGGAAAAGGUUGCAGAAGUAUCUCAAAAUUUAAAGGAAGACGAGAUGGCCACAACACCGGAGACCACGUCAAGUACGCACACGAGGGCGGAGCCUUCUACAUCGAACGAUAAAUUGCAGUAUUUAGAGGGCGUCGAGCUGGACAAGACCAAUGUUAUGCUAGUUGGACCUACCGGAUCAGGCAAAACGUUAUUAGCUAAGACGUUAGCUAGAUUAGCAAAGGUCCCGAUUGUCAUUGCCGAUGCCACGUGCUUGACGCAGGCUGGUUAUGUGGGCGAGGAUGUUGAGUCGGUGUUGUUUAAACUUUAUCAAGCUGCUAAUUAUAACUUGGAAGCGACGCAGCGUGGUAUCGUCUAUAUUGACGAGAUUGACAAAAUUACGCGUAAGAGUGAAAAUGUGAGUAUUGCGCGUGAUGUAUCCGGCGAGGGCGUUCAACAAGCCCUGUUAAAGAUCCUUGAAGGAAGCACGGUGAAUGUGCCUGAAAAAGGUGGGCGCAAGAAUCCGCGCGGCGAGCAUAUUUCUAUUGACACAACCAACAUCUUGUUUAUUUGUGGCGGUGCAUUCGCUGGAUUGGAAAAACAGGUCACGCAUCGAAGUUCCCGAUCAUCGAUCGGAUUUGGUGCUCAAAUGCCCAACAUGCAUUUAAAGAACAGCCACCAGAUCGGUCGGCUUCUCUCUCAAGCGGAACCUGAAGAUCUUGUAUCGUACGGGCUGAUUCCGGAGUUUAUUGGACGUUUUCCGAUGCUUGUCAGCACUACGGGACUUUCGAAAGAUGAGCUGGUUCAGGUCCUCACCGAGCCGAAAAAUAGUCUUGUUCGACAGUACAAGGCUUUAUUUGCAUUAAGCGGCGUGGAGUUCUAUGCGACCGAAGGUGCAUUGGAGGCCGUGGCCGAAUCAGCCCUACACAAAAACACAGGAGCGCGAGGACUCCGUUCCAUUUUCGAACGCGCGCUUAUGGAUACCAUGUUUGAUUUGCCUGAUAUGAAUGACGUCCGUGCUGUGUAUGUGGACGAAGAGGCAAUCUUGGGUCGCAAGCAGCCAGUGCUUAUUCGCGGUGAUAUGACACUUGCUGAGUAUCUAAAAAAUAUCGAGGAUGAUAGCGAUAAGCGGGAAGAGGCUGUGUAA